AGUGGCAAGUUUCAACACCGAACAUGUCAGACACAAAAGAUAUCGAAAUGAAAGCCCCCGAGGCCAAUGACAUCGAGGACUUGGUCACCGACAUCCAACUGUCAUUCCUGUUGUUGCAGAAGGUCGCCACCACCUUUGACAACCGGUAUAUCACCAAGUUGUUUCGUGGGUUGGGGUCCUUGAGCCGUAAACUCAAACAAGAUGAAACCUCGUUAUCCACCGUCCUCACCAACGUAUACGGAUCAAUCGAGUCGAAAAGCUACAUAUUUGAGUACAUCGAUGCCUCGACAAUCCCAGAGCUGGAAUCAAAAAAAUCAGAAGUGCUUCCUGAAAUCGACUUGUAUCUUCAUUUGUUGGUACAACUCUAUCUUUUGGACUCUGACCAGAUCGACAAGCUCUCAAGCUUCAACCGCCAUGUGGUACUGUUGAUGAAGGUAUACAACCGUCGGUCGUUGGAUUUCAUUUACGCCAAGAUCUGGUUCUACAUCUCCAGAGCCACAGAACUUGCCAAUGACUUGUACUGGAUCCGGCCUGAGUUGUUAUACGCCUUUAGGACCGCCACCUUGAGGCAUGACACCGAGACAGUGGCUUCCAUUGUCACCAUUUUAUUGAGAAACUACUUGUUGACCAAAGACAUCGACCAGGCGUUGAACUUGAUUGAAAAGUCCGAAUUCCCCGAGAAUGCCAAUACGUCUUUGGGGGCCCGGUACUACUACUACGUGGCCCGGAUCCAUGCCAUUCAAUUGAACUACUCGUUGGCCAAUGAAUGUUGUAUCACAGCCAUCAGAAAGGCUCCUCAGACCAAGUUUUCGGUGGGCUUUAUCCAAAGUGCCACCAAGUUAAGUAUCAUAAUCGAGCUUUUGAUGGGGGACAUACCCGAACUCAAGGUAUUCAAGACUAAUGAGUUCGAGCCAUACUUCAUGGUGACCAGGGCCGUAAAGGUUGGUGAUUUAAAGUUGUUUGACCAGGUGUUGAAAAAGUACAAGGCCGAUUUUGUAAAGGACGACAACUACACGUUGAUUUCCAGAUUGCACCAGAACGUCAUCAAAACUGGAAUUAGAAUUAUUUCCUUGUCAUACUCCAAGAUUUCUUUGAAGGACAUUUGCAUCAAGUUGCACUUGGAUUCGGAAGAGCUGACAGAGUAUAUUGUUGCUAAGGCCAUCAGAGAUGGCGUUAUAGAAGCCACCAUAAACAAUGAGAAGGGGUUCAUGCAGUCCAAGGAGUUGUUGGACAUUUACUCCACCAAGUUGCCCCAGGAUGAGUUUGAUCAGAGAAUCAAGUUCUGUUUGAGCUUGCACAACGAUUCGGUUAAAUCCAUGAGGUAUCCGUCUGAAAACUUAAAGGACGACACCAAGAACCUGGAAACGUUUGAGGACGAGUUCGAGUUGUUGAAGGCCAUCGAAGAAGGUGACUUGGAUGAUUUCAUGGAUUAAGUAGAAUAUUGUUGAUGAUAUAAAUAUACUUCUAACCUC